CUCCUCCUCUCCCUCCUCCUGCUCUUCACCGUUCUCUGCCAACAUGGCGGUCCCCGCGGAACUCAGCGGGCUGACGGACGAGGCAGCCUACGAAGCCUGCUCGGAGCCGGAUGCCAGCACUAAGGAUUUCAUGUUUCAGCAGACAAUGUUAAGAGUAAAGGAUCCUAAGAAGUCAUUGGAUUUCUAUACAAGGGUACUUGGAAUGACACUGCUUCAAAAAUUUGACUUUCCUACUAUGAAGUUCUCCCUCUAUUUCCUGGGGUAUGAAGAUAAAAACAAUAUCCCAAAAGAGAAAGCUGAGAGAACAACUUGGACCUUCUCUAGAAAAGCUACACUUGAACUGACACACAACUGGGGCACUGAAAAUGAUGACAGUCAGUCUUAUCACAAUGGCAAUUCAGAUCCCCGAGGAUUUGGACACAUUGGAAUUGCUGUUCCUGAUGUCUAUAAAACUUGUAAGAGGCUUGAAGAGCUGGGAGUGAAAUUUGUGAAGAAACCAGAUGAUGGUAAAAUGAAAGGACUUGCAUUUGUUCAGGAUCCUGAUGGCUACUGGAUUGAAAUUUUGAAUCCUAACCACAUGGUGACUCUCACUUAGUUCUACUGAAGUGUAUUGUCUAAGUAAGAGAGGCCCACUUUCAAAUUCCUGGUGAAAAUCUGUAACAGUGUUUGUGAAACCUGCUUAAUAGAGAGGAAUCAGUCACGUUCAGAGUCUCCUCCAAAACUAUCCCCUGGGACCUCACUUGGAUUCCUCUUUUCUUGUCCUGCGAUGCCACUUCAAAUUGUUUCCAGUUAGUAAUACUCAAUCGUUUUCUGGAAGAGCACUUAAACAGAUUCUCUUCUUGAACAUUCAUUAUGUUACUAUUUCAAUAAACAGUGUCAAAAGGUAUAUGACCAGAAACUCACUGCAUCUCACACUGAUUAGAUUUAAACUAACAAAAAACAAAUCCUGUGUUACUACUGAUGAUCAUCAACGAGGAGGUGAAAAGAAACUUCAGUGUAUUUUUUUAUGAAGUCAAAAGAUCCUGAGGACUUCAUGUCCUAUGUUGAGGACUUCAUGUCCUAUGUUCUAUACUAGAAAAUAAAAUGUCUGGAUAAUUUUGAUUGGAGUAGCAGCAUGCUUACAAAAGUCAUAAUCUUUCUUAGAUUAUUCCAGGUAAAACUCUUUUAAGGAGCAGCCCUCAACAAUCUUGCAAAAGGAAAUUUUAUAGAGGCAAUAAAUCUGUACAGCAGAAAGAAUUCAGUCUUUCAGCUCAGCUUCUGACUGCUGACUGAGAGCCAAGGGAAGAGGUCUCAUAGCUGCUAACUCACAAUGACCCUUGUCGCUUUCAGCACUAGAAAGAACUUGCUCAUAAUUUUUGUUUAAGUAGAAGCCUGGGCUAUAUUUAACUUAAAUGCCCUGCAUAUUCUGCCUUAGGAAAUUAAUGAAAAGGAGUAUCUGAAGCAACAUUUUACUACUACUAGAGAUCUAAUCUGCCCACUUAAAAAAAAGUUAUGGUAUGUACCUGCAAGCAGCAGGAA